GGGGGGAUGGGGGGCAGCUCUGCCCGCUGAGCUCCCGAGGGGCUCAUCUGGAGGGUCGCUUCAGUUAGCCUGUGCUCAAGCAGUCUUAUUUCUCCUUCCGCUCCUUCCCGAUUCCCUCCCCUCCCCCUCACUCCCGAUUCCCAGACUAGAGCGCGCCGGGAGCCCACCCCCUCUUUUGGGCGCGAGGCCCCGCCCCCCACCCCCUUUCCUCCGCCACAAAGUUUAUUUGCAACAAAAGGGAGCGAGGAGCAGGCAGCCUAGAGGGAGGAAGCGGGAGCCGGAGCGGGAGCGCGAGGGGAGGCAGGCAGGCCGGCUGGCGGGCGGGCGCAGAGCCGAGGAACGGAGCGCUGGGAUCCAGCCAGUACCGGGUCGGGCCGCGAUGCUCCGGGUCGCACCGGGAGAGGCGGGGGCUGGGCCCGGGAGUCGACUCUGAGGCGGGAGGGGUCGCGCGGGAUGGAGCCGAUGCGGCCCGCGGGCGCAGAAACUUGAGCCGCAGCAGAUAAACCUGUGCUCCGGUCCCUGCACCCUUUCCCCGCUAACCGCCUCGCACUGCGGCUGCGGGACCCAGGCCUUCGGACCCCAGCCGCUGCGCUCCUUUGGGGCGGGGGCGCAGGGGGGGUUGGCCGCGGCUCCCCGAGGCCAGCCCCCCCAGAGUGAGUGCCGCCACCAUGGCGGACGGGGCGCCCCGGCCCCAGCUUUAUCGCAGCGUCUCGUUCAAGCUGCUAGAGCGCUGGAGCGGCGGGCCAGGGCCAAGGGAGGAGGCAACGGACACCUCCGGGCUGCGGCGCCGCGCUUCGUGCCGGCCGGCCUCGGACGUCCCGGGCCAGCCCUCCCGGCGCGUGUCCAAGCUGGCGUCUGGGCCCCCGGCCGCCCCCGCGCAGCCGCGCCCGCUCCGUAGCCUCUCGCCGUCGGUGCGCCAGCUCUCCAGGCGCUUCGACGCGCAGCAUCUGGACGACAACGCCACUGGGGCCCGAGACGGGGGCGUUUCCCCCGGGGCCGCGGAAGAAGCGGCGGAGGGAGCCGCGCGCGGGGCCUGGCCCAGCGUCACCGAGAUGCGCAAGCUCUUCGGUGGCCCUGGAUCCAGGCGGCCCAGUGCCGACUCUGAGGCUUCGGGGACGCCCAGCCCCGACGGUGCCGCGUGGGAGCCCACGACCCGGGAACCCCGGCAGCCACCGACGCCACCUCCUCGGACAUGCUUCCCCUUGGCGGGCCUGCGUUCGGCGCGGCCGCUGCCGGGCCCAGGGACCGAGGGGAGGAGGCGGCGGCAGCAGCAACAGGAGCGAGCGCAGCGUCCGGCGGAUGGUUUACAUUCUUGGCAUAGCUUCUCCCAACCGCAGGCCUGGGCCCGGGCCUCCCGCUCCUCCUCCUCCUCCAUCGUUUCCUCCUAUCCUGUCAGCAGCAGUCGGACUGCCAGCUCCAGCGAGGAGGAAGAGGAGGGCCCGCCGCCGCCGCAGCGCGGGGCGCAGAGUCCGGCCUACCACGGCGGCCACUCCUCAGGUAGUGACGAGGACCAAGACGGUGAGGGCGGCCACUGCUGGGGAGGGAAGCCGGGGCCCAGGCCUAGAAGCUCCCUCCUGGAUAAGGACUGUAGGCCGGACAGUUAUGGGUUAAAUCUGGGCAGCAUGGACUCAGCAAGGGGAGCCAGGAGCCCCGAUCCCCCAACAUCUCCAAGAGCCCCUAGCGAGGAAGGACCCCAGGAGUGGGGUACUGGCUCUUCUCCUUGUGUAUCAGGUCCCCAAGAAGGACUUCGGCCCUUGUCAGACACUGGGGGGGGAACUUUCCGCGUGGCCAAGGUGAGCUUUCCCACGUAUCUGGCCAGCCCAGCAGGCUCCCGUGGUAGCAGCCGUUAUUCCAGCACAGAGACUCUCAAAGAUGAGGACCUGUGGGCUAGCCGGGGCUCUGGGAGCUGGGGCGUGUAUCGCUCCCCUAGCUUUGGAGCUGGGGAAGGGCUUCUAAGGCCCCAGGCUCGAACCCGCGCCAAGGGACCUGUGGGCACCACGAGAGCGUUGAGGGACGGAGGAUUGGAGCUGGACAAGAGCCGGCAACGGAAGUCCCUGUCGAAUCCAGAUAUUGCCUCAGAGACCCUGACACUACUCAGUUUCCUGCGUUCAGACCUUUCAGAGCUGAGGGUCCGAAAGCCUGGUGGGCGACAUGAGGACCUUGGGAGCAGCCCCUUAGAUGGCAGAGAUUCACCAUCAGCAGGUGGCUCUGUGGGGCAACUUGAGCCCGUGCCCUCCCCAGCCCCAGCAUCACCUGGCGCUCGCCCCACACUGAAGGACUUGACGGCCACCCUUCGAAGGGCAAAGUCAUUUACUUGCUCUGAGAAGCCCAUGGCCCGCUGCCUACUCCGCACCAGUGCCCUGAAGCCCAGCUCAUCUGAACUCCUGCUGGCAGGCCCAGGUGCUGAGGAGGAUCCACUGCCCCUCGUCGUCCAAGAUCAGUAUGUUCAAGAGGCCCGUCAGGUUUUUGAGAAGAUCCAGCGCAUGGGUGUCCAGCAGGAUGAUGGAAGUGAUGUCCUCCCUGGAAGUCCUGACUGGCCAGGAGACGUAAUCCGAGGGCAGCGGUCCCAGGAAGAGCUCUCCGGCCCUGAGUCUAGUCUGACAGAUGAGGGUAUUGGGGCAGACCCUGAGCCUCCUGUUUCAGCAUUUUGCAGCCUGGGUACCGCAGGGGUGUGGCGACCCCUUUCCUCAUCCUCAGCCCAGACCAACCACCAUGGCCCUGGGGCUGAAGACAGUCUGGGAGGGUGGGCCCUGGUGUCCUCUGAUACCCCUCCCACACCAGGUGCCCUCCGCCGGAGACGCAAAGUCCCACCUUCAGGCCCUGGUGGGACUGAACUGAGCAAUGGGGAGGCAGGUGAGGCCUACCGAUCUCUGAGUGACCCAAUUCCACAGCGCCACCGGGCUGCCACCUCUGAAGAGCCCUCCGGGUUCUCCGUGGAUAGCAACCUCCUGGGCUCGCUGAGCCCCAAGACAGGGCUUCCAGCAGCCCCAGCUGUGGACGAGGGCUUGACCAGCGGCCACAGUGACUGGUCUGUGGGCAGUGAAGAGAGCAAGGGAUACCAAGAGGUCAUUCAGAGCAUUGUUCAGGGGCCUGGUGCCUUAGGGUGUGUGGUGGAUGACAGGGUUGCUGGCAAAGCCCCCAAGAAGAAAUCUCUGAGUGACCCCAGCCGCCGUGGGGAGCUGGCUGGGCCUGGAUUCGAGGGCCCUGGAGGGGAGCCCAUCAGAGAGGUCGAGCCCAUGCUGCCUCCGUCCAGCAGUGAGCCCAUCCUCACAGAGCGGCGGGCAGAACCAGAAGAGCCCAGUCCUGCCAGGGGCCGGGCACAGUCUGAGAGGUCCCUACCUGAGGCCCCGCCUGCUUCCUCCACUGCCCACCGUGACUUCCACCUUGACCCAAAACUGGCUGACGUUCUGUCCCCACGGCUCAUCCGCCGUGGUUCCAAGAAGCGCCCAGCUCGGAGCAGUCAUCAGGAGCUACCGAGAGAGGAGGGCAAUCAGGACCAGGCUGGCAGCCUGUCUCGGGCCCGACCCUCCUCCAAACACGUUCGUCAUGCCAGUGUGCCGUCCACCUUCACGCCUAUCAUGGUGCCUGAGCCACCGACUUCCGUUGGUCCCCCUGUGGCUGUACCAGAGCCCAUGGGCUUCCCUGCCCAAGCCCACCCCACGUUGCAGGCACCAUCUCUUGAGGACGUCACUAAGCAGUACAUGCUGACCCUCCACUCCAGUGAGGUCCCUGCCCCAGUGCCAGUGGAUAUGCCCUGCUUGACUCCGAUUGCACCGCCCUCUACCGAGGCCAAGCCCCCUGAGGCAGUCCGGGCUCCAGAUGAGCCUGCUCCAGCCAGCAAGUGCUGCAGCAAGCCACAAGUGGACAUGCGGAAGCAUGUGACCAUGACCCUGCUGGACACAGAGCAGUCGUAUGUGGAGUCACUGCGCACCCUGAUGCAGGGCUAUAUGCAGCCACUGAAGCAGCCAGAGAACUCCUUGCUAUGUGACCCGUCGCUGGUGGAUGAGAUUUUUGACCAGAUCCCAGAGCUCCUGGCGCACCAUGAGCAGUUCCUGGAGCAGGUGCGGCACUGCGUGCAGACCUGGCAUGCCCAGCAGAAGGUGGGAGACCUGCUUGUCCAGUCGUUCUCCAAGGACGUCCUGGUCAACAUCUACUCUGCCUAUGUCGAUAACUUUCUCAAUGCAAAGGACGCCGUGCGUGUGGCUAAGGAGGCGAGGCCUGCCUUUCUCAAGUUCCUGGAGCAAAGCAUGCGUGAGAACAAGGAGAAGCAGGCACUGUCCGACCUCAUGAUCAAGCCCGUGCAGCGGAUCCCACGCUAUGAGCUUCUGGUGAAGGACCUCCUAAAGCACACGCCUGAGGACCACCCGGACCACCCGCUCCUGCUGGAUGCACAGCGCAACAUCAAGCAGGUGGCUGAACGCAUCAACAAGGGCGUGCGGAGUGCCGAGGAGGCAGAGCGGCAUGCCCGUGUGCUGCAGGAGAUCGAGGCCCACAUCGAGGGCAUGGAGGAUCUCCAGGCCCCUCUGCGGCGGUUCCUGAGGCAGGAGAUGGUCAUUGAAGUGAAGGCAGUCGGUGGCAAGAAGGACCGGUCCCUUUUCCUGUUCACGGACCUCAUCCUUUGCACCACCCUGAAGCGGAAGUCAGGCUCCCUGCGGCGCAGCUCCAUGAGCCUGUACACGGCAGCCAGCGUCAUUGACACGGCCAGCAAGUACAAGCUGCUGUGGAAGCUGCCUCUGGAAGACGCAGACAUCAUCAAAGGGGCAUCCCAAGCCGCCAAUCGAGAGAACAUCCAGAAAGCUAUCAGCCGCCUGGACGAGGACCUGACCACCCUGGGCCAGAUGAGCAAGCUCUCUGAGAGCCUCGGUUUCCCCCACCAGAGCCUGGACGAUGCACUGCGGGACCUCUCGGCUGCCAUGCACCGGGACUUGUCGGAGAAGCAGGCGCUGUGCUAUGCGCUUUCCUUCCCUCCUACCAAGCUGGAGCUGUGCACCACGAGGCCCGAGGGCACCGACUCCUUCAUCUUUGAGUUCCCCCACCCUGACGCCCGCCUUGGCUUCGAGCAGGCCUUUGAUGAGGCCAAGAGGAAACUGGCCUCCAGCAAAAGCUGUCUAGACCCUGAGUUCCUGAAGGCCAUUCCCAUCAUGAAAACCCGCAGCGGCAUGCAGUUCUCCUGCGCAGCCCCGACCCUGAGCAGCUGCCCUGAGCCCACGCCCGAGGUGUGGGUGUGCAACAGCGACGGCUACGUGGGCCAGGUGUGCCUGCUGAGCCUGCGCGCCGAGCCUGAUGUGGAGGCCUGCAUCGCCGUCUGCUCCGCCCGCAUCCUCUGCAUCGGGGCGGUGCCAGGCCUGCAGCGCCGGUGCCACAGGGAGCAGACUGCAUCUCUGAGGAACCCCCCAGAGACGGCACCCGAGCCCACUGGGCCAGAACUGGACGUCGAGGCAGCAGACGAGGAAGCGGCGACGCUGGCCGAGCCGGGGCCCCAGCCCUGCCUGCACAUUUCCAUUGCGGGCUCGGGCCUGGAGAUGGCACCAGGCCCCCCCGAGGGUGAUCCCCGCCCGGAGUUGGUGCCCUUUGACAGUGACUCUGACGAUGAGUCUUCGCCCAGCCCCUCAGGGACCCUGCAGAGCCAGGCCAGCCGGUCCACCAUCUCCUCUAGCUUUGGCAAUGAGGAGACCCCGAGCUCCAAGGAGGCCACAGCAGAGACUACCAGUUCGGAGGAGGAGCAGGAGCCUGGCUUCCUACCACUGUCUGGCUCCUUCGGGCCUGGCAGUCCCUGCGGCACCAGCCCAAUGGAUGGGAGAGCCCUUCGCCGGUCCAGCCGUGGCUCCUUCACCCGUGGCAGCCUGGAGGACCUGCUCAGUGUUGACCCUGAGGCCUACCAGAGCUCUGUGUGGCUGGGCACUGAGGAUGGCUGCGUCCACGUGUACCAGUCCUCUGACAGCAUCCGUGAUCGCAGGAACAGCUUGAAGCUCCAGCACGCGGCCUCUGUGACCUGCAUCCUGUAUCUGAAUAACCAGGUGUUUGUGUCUCUGGCCAAUGGAGAGCUCGUGGUCUACCAAAGAGAAGUAGGCCAUUUCUGGGACCCCCAGAACUUCAAAUCGGUGACCCUGGGUGCUCAGGGGAGCCCCAUCACCAAGAUGGUGUCUGUGGGUGGGCGGCUGUGGUGUGGCUGCCAGAACCGAGUCCUUGUCCUGAGUCCUGACACACUGCAGCUGGAGCAUACAUUCUCCGUGGGGCAGGAUUCCAGCCGCAGCGUGGCUUGCAUGGUGGACUCCAGCCUGGGCGUGUGGGUGACACUGAAAGGUAGUGCCCAUGUGUGUCUCUACCAUCCAGACACCUUUGAGCAGCUGGCAGAGGUAGAUGUCACACCUCCCGUGCACAGGAUGCUGGCAGGCUCAGAUGCCAUCAUCCGGCAGCACAAGGCUGCCUGCCUAAGGAUCACAGCACUGCUGGUGUGUGAAGAGCUGCUGUGGGUGGGCACCAGUGCCGGCGUCGUGCUCACCAUGCCCACCUCCCCCAGUACCGUUAGCUGCCCUCGGGCGCCUCUCAGCCCUGCUGGCCUAGGCCAGGGACACACUGGCCAUGUCCGCUUCUUGGCCGCAGUCCAGCUUCCAGAUGGCUUCAACCUGCUCUGCUCAACCCCACCACCUCCCCCAGACACAGGCCCCGAGAAGCUGCCCUCACUGGAGCAUCGGGACUCCCCUCGGCACCGAGGCCCUGCCUCGGCCAGGCCUAAAAUGCUGGUUAUCAGUGGAGGCGACGGCUACGAGGACUUCCGACUCAGCAGUGGGGGCAGCGGCAGCAGCGAGACUGUGGGCCGAGACGACAGCACAAACCACCUCCUCCUGUGGAGGGUGUGACCUUGUCCAUGGUGGCCCAGGACUCGCCCGCCCACCUGCCCUCAGCCUGCUUGCCUCUUCCAAGCCCACAGGCGGACCCUGACCAGGAGUGUCUGACCAGGGCCGCGCCCCUGCCUGCACAGGCCGCCUCCCAUCCUCGUGGAAGCAUUCCUGACGGAGCACCUGUGGGCCAGCCGGGCCAGGGCCUUUCCCGGCCCUCUCUCUGGCUGCUCCGGUGCUCCCAGUCAUGAGGGGGGUGGGGAGGGGGGCAUGUGGGCUGCCCAGGACCUCUGUCCCUGGAGCUUCUACCAAAGACACGGCCGGGCCUGGACCCCACAGGGCUGGGGAGGGCCAUGUGCAAUAUUUGGAGGGUUUUCUGGGGGCAGUGGGAGGGCUAGGGGAUGGAAUCCUUUCCCAUGUACAGUAUUUAUGUUUCUUUUUAGAUGUGUAUCUUCCCAAGCACUUAUUUAUGCAGUGACCUGGGGCAGGGAGUGAUUUGAGAAAAUGACAGAAGAAAAAAAAAAAAGAACCCUAUUCCUGCCCUAGGAACCACCCUGGGACCCUAACCAGCCUUCCUGGAGGGACCAGUCCCCCUCUCAUUAUGUACGCACACACACACUGCAUGUUCGGGGCACUAAAACACUGCCUCUUAACAUACACUUUCCACGGCCUCGUCCUGACUGGGCUGCCCUCCAGUAUCCAGAGAAAAGGGCCAAGUCCCCUCAGUCAUCCAGAACAAGGUGAUGACUACGGGGGGCAGUGACUCCCAUCCAGGGGGGCUUCCCCAGGCCUUGGCAUUUCCUUGCUUGUUGGCAGUGCCUUAGUGGUUUCUGAAUUUGGGAACACUGACUGGGCCUUGGCCAGGGCUCUCUCCUGGCCUGAGCAGGGAAAGGGCCCUCGCUCUCCUCACAGUUGCCCCCCAGCCCCUGUGUCUCAUGCACUGGCACAUAUGGUCACCUUGGGAGGGUGGACCUAGGAGCCCCCUCACGCUGACCACUGACUCCCUCUCUUCACACCCUUUCCUGCCAGGGGCAGCCCUUCCAGGAAGGAUGCCCAAAGCUGAGGGGCUGGGCAUGGCCUCUUUGGCUGGGAAGGCUACCAUGGAGGGCAGCCUCUCCCCUGCCCCCCGACUGCAAGAGCCAGUCUGACCCCAGCCCCCGUGCUUCAGCUGCAGCUCCAAAGGUCUGGUGUCAGUUGGGGUUUGUUUUUGUUCUGUUUGGUUCUGUUUUUGUUUGGGGUGGGUGGGUCAUUGCGGUCUUAGGCUAUGUUUCUCUUGCUACCAAACAGUCAUGUAUUAACUUUCCUUGGAUGAUGAAGUUUAAAGAGUCAAUAAAUAGAAACACCAAAUGACUGGUCCCCAUCGGCAG